AUGGAGAGGAAUUGUUGCGAGUCAGCAAAACAAAGACAUGCAAAGGUGGUAGCUAUUUUGCAAUCGGCCGUGAAAAUGUCGUCGACGUUAAUGCGGACGAAGAAACGCGCCGCCGCAGGAUUAUUUGCUUUAGCCCUAAACCAGGUACAGAUCCACCAGACCCGUCCCCUAGGUAAUGUAAUCAGUGCCGAUUCUUUCUCCAACGAACGUCGCCUUUGGGUCCACGAGUCCUCCGGACUGCUCCGUCCCGUCUUUAGGUUCCUAGAUAUUGACAGUGCAGCCUGGCCUGAUCUGGAGACAACUGCUACCACUUCUUUUGUGAAGCGUCAUGUUGGAUCAUUCUUACGAGAACUUGCAGAAGAAAGUGAUGCUCCUUCUCCCGAAGUGUCAGAUCAGGAACUUGCAUUGUCCAAAGCUGUAGACGCAAUGGUAUCAAGCAUAGAAAAAUCCCCAGAACAGUUUGAGCACACAAAAGAGAAGCAUCGUGUAUAUGCACAUGAGUGGCGGGAAAAGUUCGCUGUUAAUGAAUCAAUGGCUGAAACAAAGGAGCACCUUCAAAAGAAGCAACAGAAAGAUUGCAAGUCGCCUAAGGCUGAACAAGUACCUACUGCAUCCAGUAAAGAAGUUGAAGAAAAAACCUUUGAAGAGGCGGGGAUGAUUGAUAACAAAAGAAAAGUCGCUGUCUUAUAUGAGCUUCUUUCAGCUUGUCUGGCAGAUACACCCAAGGAUGACAAGAAAUCUGAACGACCACCAAAGGGGUAUGAUGCUCGUCAUCGUGCUGCCUUGAGGUUGCUGACAACGUGGUUUGAUAUCAAGUGGAUCAACAUGGAAGCGAUUGAGGUGGUUAUUUCUUGUUCUGCAAUGGCUGUAUUGAAACAAGAUGGUGAAAAACAAAACGAGAAUAUCUCAGAUGAAUCAUGGGAGAAGUGGAAACGUGGAGGUCUGAUUGGAGCAGCUGCUAUAACCGGUGGAACCUUAAUGGCAAUCACUGGUGGUUUAGCUGCUCCAGCAAUUGCUUCAGGAGUUGGUGCUUUAGCUCCCACAUUGGGCACCAUUGUCCCAGUGAUUGGAGCUGGUGGAUUUGCUGCUGUUGCAAGUGCUGCAGGGAGCGUUGCAGGCUCUGUUGCAGUUGCCGCAUCAUUUGGAGCUGCUGGAGCUGGACUUACAGGGACUAAGAUGGCCAAAAGGACUGGAAGUGUGGAUGAAUUUGAGUUCAAAGCCAUUGGGGAAAACCAUAAUCAAGGCAGGUUGGCAGUUGAAAUCAUGGUUUCAGGAUUUGUCUUUGAGGAGGACGAUUUUUUGAGGCCGUGGGAAGGACAAACGGAUCAUUCAGAAAGGUAUGCACUACAGUGGGAAUCUGAGCAUCUGAUUGCUGUAAGCACUGCAAUCCAGGAUUUUAUUACAUCAAAACUUGCAUUAGAAUUGAUGAAACAAGGUGCUAUGAUGACAGUGUUAAGCUCUCUUGUAGCCGCUUUAGCCUUGCCUGCAACAUUACUGACUAUAACGGAUAUCAUUGACAGCAAAUGGUCGAUUGCUGUGGACAGAUCCGACAAGGCUGGAAAGCUGCUGACUGAAGUGUUAAUCAACGGAUUGCAGGGUAACAGGCCUGUGACACUAGUAGGUUUCUCACUUGGAGCUCGGGCAAUUUUCAAGUGUCUUCAACAUUUGGCUGAAACUGAUCACAGUAAUCUUGUAGAAAGAGUUGUUCUACUUGGAGCACCAGUUGCUAUAAAAGAUGAAAAUUGGGAAGCGGUUAGGAAGGUUGUUUCUGGCAGAUUGGUAAAUGCUUAUUCAACAAACGACUGGAUGCUUGGAGUAGCCUUCCGUGCCAGUCUCCUUAGUCAAGGAUUAGCUGGAAUUCAACCGGUGGAUGUUCCUGGAAUUGAGAACGUUGACGUUACAGAAGCCAUUGAGGGGCAUUCUUCAUAUUUAUGGGGUACCCGAGAGAUACUAGAUCGGCUUGAUCUUGAUGGGUAUUAUCCUGUUUUCAAAAUCGCUAAUACCCAUCAUUGA